GCUGCUCUUGACAUGUUAUACAAAUUUUAAUUCUCGUAUUUUAUAUGUUAAGCUACAAUACUUCAAAACAAUUUCAACAACAUGGACGUGGGGUCCUCUAAGAAGGUCUCAAUAAUUUAUCCCAGAUUCCCAGUGAACCAAUACUCUACAAUAAAUGCUGGCACCAUGGCCAACUGGGUGGAGGCGCCCUCAAGCACAGUCACAGAAUUUAAUGAUAAGCCACAGAGAAUUAGCGGAAGCACGCCGUACUUUAGUUCGAAAAUUGUGGAUGAAAUAUUAGAAGAGAUCUUUGCCGAGCGGCGUGGACAGUUGGCGGACACUGAUUCUAGCUGCGAUCUGCAGCAUUUAGAGCUACAAGCGCAGCCCGAGCCGCAUGUGGACAAGCGUCUGAAGUACUGGCGCGAGAUGCUGCAGCAGCGACGCCAACUGCAGCAGCGCGUGCAGCUGGUGACAGGCAAGCUGAGCGAGGAGGUGCUCUUCAAUCGUCCAGCUACGCUUGACAAUCGGAACAAGCAAACAAUGGUGCGACUGCUUGACUAUGCAGAGCGCCUGCAGCCGGAUAAGCUGCACAAGCGUGAGCUGGGCCAACUACGCGAUUUAGUUGAUCCGUGUAGCUGCGAGUGGGCGCAGGAAGUGUAUGAAACACUGCCGCAGGCUGAGCGCAAGGGACGCAAGGCUGUGGAGAUUAUAGGACUACCAAAGGUGACGCAGCAUGAGCUGCUGGGCAGUGAGGCGGCCGAACAGCCGCCACCCGAGCACAUCUGGCUUAACUCGCAGCAACUCGAUAAGCACAUUGAAAAGCAUUUCUAUGAGAUACACAAUGUGCUGGAAUUUAUGCCAGACUUGGAUGCACUGCAGGUCACCGGCAUCAAUGUGGAGCGUCUAAAGCGCAAGCCCCAUGCGCAGCUCAUAGGCGAAGAAGAGCUUAAAUCCAUAUCAACCAGCAGCUACUCGCCCUGCUCUGAGGAGUGUUUGGAAGACGGCGAGCUGGAAGGCACUGAAGCAAACAAGGAGCAACAACCGCUCCCAGAGCUGGCCAUACGCAUCAAUGGCAAAGAUUAUAAUUGCAGCGAGUCGCCCAUUGGCGACUGCCAGGAGCUGUACAUUGAAUUCAACUGCGCACCCUUCGAGCGCCGCGCCAAGCGCAUUUUGCAAUUGACCAACAUAGGGAAGCAGACUUUGUCCCUAAGCUGGCAGCAGGGCAUCUAUUACUACAAUCGCCCCACGCUGCUGCUGGCGCAGGACUCGGAGUUUCUCUUCGAUACAGACAGCUUUAGACUGGCCUAUGGAGAAUCUUAUAGCUUGACUGUCUUGUUUCAGCCACGCAAGGUGAGCAUGGCUGUGGAGCUUUGGCUGCUGCAGGUGGAUCCCAAAAUAUUUUGUGGCAAUCAGGAGUCGUUGAUGCUGCGUUUCCAUGGGCGCUGCACGCCACCCAAGGAAUACAUGACUCGACUUCGAGAGCUGCAUUGCGUGCUCAUCUGUAAGUCAAACACUUUGGUUAUGCAAGAGCUUACCUCACAUUUGGGUGACCUGAGUCCGCUUGUGGAACCACCACCCACUUGUUGCGCCUAUGAGCGCACGCUGGAUGAACGUGAGCUGUUUAAUUCGCUGAAUCCCGGCUAUCAUUGCGAGCGCUUUGAUGAUUUGGAGGUGCUGAAGGGCAUGCAUAAGCUGGUGAAAAAACCACGCGAACCACAGUGGGACUUGAAUCUGCAGACGCUCAAGCAGUACAUCCUGCGUAUUGAGAAAGUUGCUGAGCGCGAAAAGCUAUUUAAUAAUUAUCUUGAGCUGCUGGGUCCACUUAUGGGGCGGGCACUCGAUCUGGAUGUUGUUACCGAACAGCAUAUGGAACAGCAACGCACACGCUUCAUUUAUGUGCGUGGUGUCAUCUGCAAUGCUGUUGAGGAAUGGGAAGACAUAGUCUUUACCGUAGAGGAAUCUUUCUUUAAGCCCGAGCUGCAACGUUUCUACCUUCAUCUCUACGAAGAAGCAGCUGAGGAAGAGGAUUCUCUGAAGCCUGUGGUGAAUGCUGAAAAGGACGAAGCUGAACUGGAGAAAUAUGCCACAGCUGCAGUGCUGAGAAAAGUGCGUCAUUCCAAGUUCUGUCGAGAUGCUCUCUAUAUACAAACUUACACACAUCUGUGUAACAUUGCUGAGCACAUUGUUUCUGUUAUCGAAAGCACCGAAAUUGUAGCGAAUUAAAUAAUAUUCAUUGUUACUCUGUAGACCAGGCUUCUCU